AUCUGUUUCUUUCUAGUUUUGAUUUCGAUUGUUGCUGGAUUUGUUCUUCUUUCUAGUUUCCCAAAAUUGAUGGCUUGUUCAUAACUGGUUCGCCAUCUUAAAUUGGAAGCACAUUCCGGUGGAAUCUGUUGCCGGUGGCUGGGUCCUCCCUUGCAGGCAGCAAGAAUGGCAGAGUAGCACGUUUGCUGCCCUUUUUUUGUCCGAUGCUUUUUAGGUUCUUGCAGGCCGCUUUGGUCUACUCCCUCUUCCUUUACUUUAUUUCGGAUUUCGUAUGGGUAUUAUAUUGGGGAAGAGAGCAUAUUCUUUUCUUGUGGCUUGAAGAAGAUUUUGCCGCUCUCUUUCUCUUUUGUGAAAACUGUAACUUGCAAUUUUUGAAAUGGACUAAAUGAGUCAACUGGAGGAGUCGUCCAGCUGUUCGCGAGUGGUUCGUAGGUCACACCACGGAACUUGUGAUGGUUAAUGCAUUGCAUGUUUUUAUGAUGCAGAAUUGUUGCUCACUUGGAGAUUGCUUGGUUUUGCAUAUGCCCUUGUUGAGUUCUCACACAUGUUCGUUAAUUUGUUAUUUAUAACUUAAAUGCACUAUGCAAUUGUUGUUGACUUGUUAUGUUGUUUUAUGUUUUUGGAGUAUAUUUAAGUUACUUGCUUGUUUAAUUAUCUUAAUGAUGUGAUGAUAUUAUUUGUUUUUUUUUUUAUUUUUUAAUUAAACAAAUAUAUAAUUACCACCAUAACGCUGUAGUAAGAUUAACCAGCACCUGUACCCUUACUUGUUUGACAUAGAUAGAUAAAAGAGAGCAAGAAAGAGAUUUGUAAAUCUUUUUUAUUGUUGAUCUCAAAAGAUUUUAGAUGUUUCAUAUGGUUGUUUUAUGAAUCUUUGCAUCGGUUUUUAAAGCCCAAAGCCACGAAGGUUAUCAUUGGCAUUGUGAGUGGUUUGAUGUCUCUGUCUCUUAUUGAUAUUAUCAUUGUGGGCACUCUUUGGAAGUUUGGUUACCUAAGAUCCAGGUAAUUCUUUGGAAGUUUGGCCGCAUACCCACGUGGAACAGGUCUGGCCGUUUGGGUCAGACCAAGCUAAACCAUAAGAAAUAAGUUUAAAUGUUAAGAAAGCACCAAUGUUUGUGAAUCGGAUUGAUUAAAAUUUGUAUUUUAAAUUUUUUAAAAAAAAAAUGUUUUUCAUGUGAGAGUACCAAGGCACUUAAGAGAAAAAUGACAACGUGUUAAUUAGAAAAAAUGCAAAGUAGCGUAAAAAAAAAUACACUUUUAAGGGAAAAGGUAAAGUCUAAAAAAAAAUGAUAACUCGGUUGCAACUGUACCAAAUUUGCAAAUAAUGAGGGUAAACAAGAGUGCUUCUCUAUCAUGGGGAUUCACACUCUUUAAAACCAUAUUUCCGGGUCUAUUCAAUGUAUACUAUGCUGCUUUGUGAAAAACAUAUUUUUUGAAGUUUUUUUUUAGUGAGUAGAAAAGGUCUUGCCAUCUUUUUUCUGGACACAGCAAGCUUUUAUCAGUUUUCAUCAAGACUUUUCACUUGUAAGUUGUAAUUGUGUGUGCAACUUUUUUGCUACCUAAGCUUAAAAAAUAAAACAAGAGAAACUUCAUUGAUGAAUUUAGCCGAUUUGACAUCAAAUCGGCUGAUUUUCUAUGAGCAGUCAAUCGGUUCUUGAAUCGAAUUGACAGAUUUACAUAUCUAGGGCAUACUAAAAAAACAGGGAAAUGAAAUGUUUUAUGUAACAAACAUUUAUCUUUUGAUGAUGAAAUAGAAGGCCUUCCAUUGUAAGGGUUCUUAAAAAUUUUCUUUUUUGUAAAUGACAUAAAUACCCUUCUAAUGAAAUACCGGAAGACGUGUUCCCGUGUUGGUCAGCUAACAUGGAGAUUGAUAUAUGAAACGUUUAACCAACUGUCUGCGUGAGGACGUUUGAUAACAGGAACUUAGCGUUCUAAUAAUUCAGUGUUCCAUAAAACAUGUUAAACUUGUCAAACGCGGGACGAAAAGACAUUUGCGACAGAUUGUUCCGAACACAGCUUCUUGUCCUUCAUCGAAAUCAUCCGACCCACGGCACCGUAGGGGGCUCGUGCUUUGCUCCCCCCGCUGUCGCAUUUUUCACGCUUGCAUCUCCUCGCUCUCGGGCGCACACAGGCCGUACUCCCAAGCUUUUCUGAGUCGAAGACGGAUUUUAAGUUCUUUUGUUCAAGAAUAGUUGAAGAGGUGGAAUGGCAUUGAGAGGGGUUUGGCAGCUGAAGAAGCUGGUUGUCAGCUACUGUGACUGGGGUGGAAGCAGUCGAGGAAUAAGGGCAUUCAUGGAGUCCCAUCUGCCAGCGUUCAGUGAAGGUAACCCUCAGCUAGAAGUAGUUACUGAGCUUAUUCGGGGUCAGCAUCCACACCUGAAGGGCUACUUCAAAAACAAAAACGAACGAGUUAUAUGUGUCAAGAAUAUGACUCCUGAAGAGAUACUGCAGUAUGCGACCGGUCUAAGAAAUGCAUUAGGAAGGAAAGUGGUCAAGUUGAAGACCAGACAUGUCACGAAGCAUCCUAGUGUGCAGGGCACAUGGACCACUGAUCUAAAAUUUUGAAACAUUAUUGUUUUGUUGACGCUGCUUGUUGGAUAUGAUAAAUGCCUCAAACGUGCAUCUUGGAUCCUUUUGUUGAUGAUGAAGAAACCGCCAUGUGGACGUGAUCAAGCUGACACGGGGUGCAUAUUGACGUUGCGUUGUUUCUGUUCUUUCAGUCAUAAAUGGAUGGAAGGUCGGAAAACUCGGGAUGCUUUACUGCUCUCCCGUUUAGUUAAAAUUCUGUUAAUUUUAUAAAAAUGUAGUAGCAUUUCAUCUUUUGUCGUCGACUGGGGCUCAGCCUCAAUUCCAAAGCCUAAAAAAGGAAAAAAGUGGGACAGAACAUCUCAUCGUUUGAUUGUCAUUAUUUGACAUGGUCAAGUCUUCGAAAGUUCUAAUGUAAUUUGGUUCUGUUGCCAUUUAUGAUUUUUUUCUUAGGCUUGGGAGUUCA